AUGCUCUUAAAUUGGCUCCUCAUUGUAACGACGCUUUUUCCCCUCAGCACAUGUGCGCCUAUAGAGCACGAAGAUGCCGUAACGGUAAUGGGCAUGACCGGCCAGAAGGACAUGAACGGGAAGGCUGGAGAUCCUCCUCAAAAAUAUUUCCAUAAACAGCAGAGCUCGUCGGCUAACGUACAAUCACCGCGUAGCUUCGACCCACACUAUGAUGGCCGGUUUGCCGAGAAAGCGCUCGGCUACCAGGAACAAAAGGCAGCACUGAAGAAUCUUGUCCGGACAUUCCUUGAGACAAUGAGAGACCUAGGCAUUGAGACCUGGCUCAUGCACGGUAGUCUGCUGGGAUGGUGGUGGAACAAGCAGAUCAUGCCGUGGGACUCGGAUGCCGAUGUACAAGUCACCGAGGCCAGCAUGUAUUUCCUAGCAACCUAUUACAACAUGUCCGUCUUUCAUUAUAAGACACCGAGGUUACCGGCCGGCCGGAACUACAUGUUGGAGGUUAACCCUAACUUCUCCAACGGAGACCAGUCGGACUGGUUGAAUGUCAUCGACGCCAGGUGGAUCGAUACCGAGUCCGGAUUAUUUAUCGAUAUUACAACUGCUCGGUACAACCUGACACACCCGGCAGGCGAGGGCAUGAUGAGCUGCAAAGAUGGCCAUGAGUUUCGGGAUACAUACAUCUUCCCCUUGCGGGACACCAUCUUUGAGGGAGUUGCAGCCAAGAUCCCGUACCGCUACAAAGAUUUGCUCGCAAAAGAGUAUGGUGACUGGUCACUUACCUUGAAGGAGUUUGCCAACCACAUAUUUGACGAGGUAAAGAUGGAAUGGGUGCCGAAGUUGACUACACAAUGAUGUGCGGGCGGAAGAGCAAAAAUUGAUACCCUACAGAUGAUGAUGAGGUGAACUUAAGCGGGUUCGUAGCCUCGGAAGGAGGACGAGAUUAGAUCAGCAACAAAAUACAAGGAGACCCAUGUACAAAACAGAUGCUUAGUCUGCCACAGGAAGAGGUGAAGAAGUAAUUAUAUUGUAUAAAUUAGAAGUAAUCGUUGAUGAGAUCGUUAUCAUUCGAUGCCGGCUGGUGAUGUUGUUGAUGUUUCGGUUGUGGUUUUGCUGUGACUGUGAGGCUGAA